AUGAUGAACGCUGUCGUCACUGUUCCUGCUUACUUCAACGACUCUCAGCGUCAAGCCACAAAGGACGCUGGUGUCAUCGCUGGUUUGAAUGUGAUGCGUAUCAUCAACGAGCCCACUGCUGCAGCAAUUGCUUAUGGUCUUGACAAGAAGGCCACCAGUGUUGGUGAGAAGAACGUCUUGAUCUUUGAUCUUGGUGGUGGUACUUUUGAUGUCUCUCUUCUCACCAUUGAAGAAGGUAUCUUUGAAGUUAAGGCUACUGCUGGAGACACUCAUCUUGGUGGUGAAGAUUUUGACAACCGAAUGGUUAACCACUUUGUUCAAGAAUUUAAGAGGAAGAGUAAGAAGGAUAUUAGCGGUAACCCUAGAGCUUUGAGGAGGUUGAGGACGGCCUGUGAGAGAGCUAAGAGGACUCUCUCUUCCACAGCUCAAACCAACAUCGAGAUUGACUCUCUCUUUGAGGGGAUUGAUUUUUAUUCUUCUCUCACCCGUGCGAGGUUUGAAGAACUCAACAUGGAUCUUUUCAGAAACUGUAUGGAGCCUGUGGAGAAGUGUCUCCGUGAUGCUAAGAUGGACAAGAGCAGAGUUCACGAUGUCGUCCUUGUUGGUGGUUCUACACGUAUCCCCAAAGUUCAACAGCUUCUCCAAGAUUUUUUCAAUGGUAAAGAGCUCUGCAAGUCCAUUAACCCUGACGAGGCUGUGGCUUAUGGUGCUGCGGUUCAGGGUGCUAUUCUAAGCGGCCAAGGGAAUGAGAAGAAGAUGGUGCAAGAAGCUGAGAAGUACAAGUCUGAAGAUGAAGAGCAUAAGAAGAAGGUCGAGGCCAAGAAUGCUCUUGAGAACUAUGCUUACAACAUGAGAAACACAAUCCGUGAUGACAAGGUUAGUGAGAAGCUUUCUGCUGCAGACAAGAAGAAGAUUGAAGAUUCGGUUGAGGAGGCAAUCCAAUGGCUUGAUGGGAACCAAUUGGCCGAAGUAGAAGAGUUUGAAGAUAAGAUGAAAGAGUUGGAGAGUGUAUGCAAUCCGAUCAUUGCCAAGAUGUACCAAGGAACUGGUGGUGCUGCUGAUGAUGGUGCUCCUCCUGCUUCCGGAGGUGCUGGUCCCAAGGUUGAAGAAGUUGACUAA